GUUGAAGUAGACCGUUUCCAAGAUACAAAGAGACUUCUUCAUGACUAUUAUAGGGGAAUGGAAGGAAAAAUCCCAACAGAGGCCAGUCAGGAGUUUACAAGAAUCCCAUUACUAGAUAUUGUGAACGUAGAGCAAUCUGGAGAUCAAAACAAGUCACGGAGGAUUCCUGUGAUUCCUCGUAGAGCUCCUUCUCCUGAAAUAAAUACCACCAAACCAAAAAGCAAAGGAACUCAGUUGAAGAGCAGUAAGGAUGAGAAUUCUUCUGAAAAUGUAGCGUUUAGUUUUGGCAUGGAUGAGAAGUUUAUUAUUGAUACAUGGCAAACUGCUGUAUUAGCCAUAUCAAAUAUGGUAACUGCUGAAAUACAGUCAAAAGAAACAGAGGAAGAAAAAGAACACCAGCAAAUAGAAAUAAAAGAAAGGGAACAUCAAAAAUCCUCUCAGGCAACAGGAGGGAAGGCAGCUGGUAAGGAUGCCAAAGAUACUAGGAAACAACCUCCAAAGUCACCCACCAAAAAGACAGGAGCACCUUCUCCAGCACCUGUGGUUGAAGCCACUCCUGUUCCAUUAACACCAGAAGAAUUAAAGAAGCAAGAAUUGCAGCAUAAAAUGAGGCGGGAAUAUUUUAGUGCCCUUGAACUUGAAGAGGAAGCUGCAAAAUCUCGACUAGAGCUGAUAAAAAUAAAAGCAAUAGCAUUUGUUGAAGAGCUAGUAAGAAAAGCAGAAGAAACUUACAAAGACAUGGAAAAGUGGCUUGGAGCCAGGUUUCUAGCAGAGAUGUCCAGUGUUGAAAAAUUAACUGAGGUUGCACGCCACCACAUCGAAAGUUCUACCAAAAUCCAAUUUGAAAUGGUUUUAGAGGAAACAGACUUCUUUAUUAGCAGUGAAGUAAAAGUAAUUCCAGAUCCUGUCCCUCAACCACACCCUCCACCUGCAGAGACAUCUGCAAAUAGUGCUCUAACUACUUCACAGCUUAGCAUGCUUCACAAGCAGUUUCUGCAGCUGGCACCUAAAGCUAUAAAAGUACUGAAGCAAUUUAAAAGCAAGAAUAUCUCUGCUAACAAGAAAAAAGGUGGUGAUGGAGGAGAAGAGGAACAAGGUUUGGAAUAUCUUCAAACAAAGAGGAAUCGACAGUUUCCAAAAAUAUGGUUAACAAAAUACCCCUGGCUAAAAUAUGAUGAAGAAAGAGGGAUAAUGUUCUGUGCUCUGUGUCGCAAACAUAGUGUGAAUUUAGGGGAAACUGUACAUAAUUUUUGUUCUGGAACUGAUGACUUUCAGCUUGAAUUUAUAAAUGCACAUCACGGCAGUGAAGCUCAUGCCUGGGCUAAUUGCAUGGAGGCUGCCAGCAGUGCUACUCCAGAUACUGCUCCUGCUGAGGAGAUGUUAAAGAACAUGAGCAAAAUAACAUUAGGAAGAAUUGAAAACAUUUUUAGAACAUGUCAUGCUAUUGCCAAAUCUGGACGUCCCUUCACAGACCUUGAUUGGAUGUGCAAGCUAGAUGAUAUGAAAGGUGUGGACAUUGGUUCUGUAUUUAGAAAUUACAAGUAUGCAAAAAUGUUUACACAUUUUAUUGCUGAAGUGGAACGAAGGGCCUUAAAAGAGAAACUAGAAAAAAGUAAGUUCUUCUCCCUCAUUAGUGAUGGAGUCACAGACAAUUCAAUUAAAGAAACAGCAGUUGUAUAUGUACGUUUUGCCAAUGAAGGAAGAGUCCACUGCCAGAUUGUUGGAGUUCAGCCAAUUGAUAAGUCUAAUGCUUUGACUGUAAAAAAUGUGAUUGAGAAAAUAUUGCAGAUUAAUCUUCAGAUCAAUCUGUCAAGUCAAGACUGGUCCAGAAAAUUAGUUGGGUUUGGAAGUGAUGGUACUGAUGUCAUGGUAGGAGAAAAUAAUGCAGUAGCUAAACUUCUGCAGGAAGUUCAGCCUUGUGUACAGUCCGUACAUUGUUUUGCUCAUCACCUUGAAUUGGCUUACAAAGGAGCAUUGGAAAGCAUUCAGCUGUAUACUGUUUUAACUGAUCUCUUGCAAAAUAUAUAUUACUUUUAUCAUAACUCACCUCUAAAUAAGAGCAAUCUCAAAUCCGCAUAUGAAGCCUUUAAGUUACACCUAGCUCUUCCCUCUAAAAUUGGUGGGUCCCGAUGGCUACCUCGCCUACAGACAGCUCUUCAAAUCCUCCUGAAGGGUUAUGCAGCAAUUGUCCUACAUCUGAGUAAGAUUCGAGGAGAUCCAAGUGCCACAAACCACCAGAAAGUCAAAGGUUUUCUAAAGCUCCUUCUCAAAAUGGAGAUUGUCAAGUUUUCUCAUUUCUUACUGGAUGUCAUUAAUGUCCUCAAUAUUCUAUCCCGUGUUACACAGGAUUGUAACUCUUCCAUUGCAGAUAUAUUUGCAACCAUGCAGUCAACAUUACAAACACUUCAUAUGUAUCAAACAAGAUCCGGUCCAAAGGAGCGCCUAGUGGAGACUCUUACACAUUUUCAUGGUCACCAGCUUUUAGGGAAUGGAAAUAUUUUACCAUUACGAAUGAAAGUACUAAGCAAUAUGAUGAAGAGACUACAUGACUGUUUUUGUGAUGCCAGCCAAGAUAUUUUGAGAGCAACCAUCAUUGGAAGUUUUAAGCUAUGGCCAGACAAAAUCGAACAAGACUUUGGUGAAAGGGAGGUGUCUGUCCUAACUAAACAUUUUGAAGCAGUACUAGAAAAUGCCAAUGUAAAAGUUGAUGAGGUUGAGACUGAAUGGAGCAUGCUGAAAUUAGAGCUAUAUGAUAGAUUUCAAAAUAUCCGGAGCUUGACAUGGGAUUCAGUGAACUUAGAAUACUCGCAUAAGUAUCCUAACAUCCUGACACUAAUAGAUCUGAUCCUAACACUGCCUGCAAGUUCAGCUGAAGCAGAACGAGGCUUCAGUCAAAUGAAGCUUACCACAAUGCAACAGCACUCUAAACUAAUGUCUGACAGUGUAACUGAUCUCAUGGUAAUUCAAAUGAAUUCUCCAGACAUCAGAAAGUUUGACCCAGAGAAGGCUAUUCACCUGUGGAAUACUGCUUGUCAGAGGAAUAGAAGACUACAGCCUAGCCAUAUGAUAACUAAUGAAAUAUCAGAUUGCUCUUCGGACUCUGAUUUGGAUAGUCAUUAUGGAAGUGAUUAGAAUUGCACAAAAGUCCCAAUUUCAGUUUGCAGCCAUUUUUAUAGCAUGCAUUAACUUUGUAGUAUUUAAUUAAUGCAAUUUUUGCUGUGGCUAUUCAUUAUAUAUCACAUGCCAUUUUAUGUUUAUUGCUGGACCGCCAAAAGCAUUUCCCAUGUGUGCAUAUGUGUCUGAUCUAGAACACCAAGAUCAUGCAACAACAUAGUGGUUUAGAGGGGUUCAUGCUAUUGGUAGUUCUUGGGGCAGUUAGAUGUCUCUUAGUUUCUUUCUGGCCAGGAGGCACUACCAAGAGGAGGACCUGCCAAGGAAUGUAGUCUCUACUCUCAAAUAAUGCAAUCAAAUUUGUAUGACAAGAAAAACAGAGUGAGAUUACUUCUGAUAUUUCUGUGUAUCAAAACUUUCACGAGGCCUAAGACCCAGACAGGACUUAAAAUGAAACAAAUUUGCCACUCCUAAAGUAACUAACUUCUAAAUGAAGGAGAUCAUUGUGUACUGUGGGUAUAAAGCAAUAAUGCACAUAGCUGCAGAAGGUAUCUUGGAUAUAUAUUACAUACUAGGCCUGUGCGAAGCGGCUAGUAUUCACUUUGGAUUCAGAUUUGGCGGAUUCAGGGGACAGUGAUU